AUGACUUCAUCCACUGCUCAAACAGAUACUCUUGAAUUACCAUCAACGAUAUCGAUGAUAACACCUGCUGAAAUUCAAGCUAAUCGCGCUCAAGUACGCUAUCAACGAUGUGUUCUAAUCAAGCAUGACAUGUUUCCUCGUCUAAGUGAUGUUCAACUACUAAUUCAAUAUAGGUUAAUGGAUAGAUUGACUAAAGCAUUUAAAGAGGAUGAUCAAGACAACGUAUGGGAAGUGCCUGAAGAAGUAAAAGAUAGUCUUGUUUAUCUUGAAAAAAAGUGGACAAUGAUCCUGAUAGAGAAGAUGACGGCGGUGAUAGCAAUGAGUUUAAUAUAUCAGCAACGAAUAUUCCGCUAA